GAUCUUCGCACACGCCAGAGAAAGGCUUCGUAUUUAGUCAUUACUCGAAUGUUAACAUUGAAUAUUGAAUAUCUAACAUGUUCAAAGUAGUAGCGAGGAUUGUAACUGUUCUCGCCAUCGUAGUUGGAUGUGUAGGUUUAGACCCGACAUGUUUUCCUGGGUGCACGUACACAAAUCAGUGGACAGAUUGCGUCCCGUUCCGUAAGUCACACGGUUUGGGUUUGCGUUUGCAAGGUACUUGUAUGUUAUGCACUGCGCAGCUACAGCAACAACCCGCGCGUUUUGUGCAGAACUCCUCCGAGCCAACUUCUCUAUGCCUUCCGGAUAAAGAUAAUGUGGCAGUUAGGGGUGUUAAGCUUGGGGUACUCUCAGUUCAGAAACUACUGCCUCCUCAGAAGUCUUCAGUUAAUAUCAGUACGGGUAUUCUCGCUUUGGUGGAAUGUGGAAUCACAGAUUUAGAACAGGGCACUGUGGCCGCCUUUCCUGUCUUGAAAUCCUUGCAGCUUGAUUCCAACAACUUGACUCACGUCAAGCGAGCCUGGUUCGACGGUUUGAAAUCUCCAAAGUUGAUGUGGACCCUGUCAUUUUCCCACAAUAACAUAAGUAUCAUAGAUCCAACAUGCUUCCAGAACCUUACUGCCCUCACAACAUUGCUACUCGACAACAACGCAUUACAAAGCAUCGACCCAUCUUGGUUUCACAAUCUGAAAUGGUUAACCCAGCUGUCUUUGAGAGCAAAUUCUAUCAAAAGGCUUCCUCCUCAGGCAUUCAAGCCGUUGAUAAGGCUUCGCAGGCUAGAUCUGAGCCGAAAUGCACUGACGUGUCUGUCACGGGAGACUUUGAACGGGCUACACAAACUAGAAGAGCUGGGAGUGAGUGGGAGUAGAUUGUUUGCUCUCGAUGAUUUUGCUCCAUCGGUAGUGAACUGGCGUCUUGAUUAUGGUUACACCCGCUAUACCGGCCAGACCUUUGCAGUUAGGGUUAACCAGGUGCUUUUCUGUAUCUCCAAAGGUCCUGAACUACAGGAAUAUCACGUCCACAUACACCAUAACAGCACCUUGCACCUACCUCAGCCUGAUGACAAUCAUAUCGGUCAGUGUAGAACAUUGAAAGGGAGGUUGACCGCAAUAAACCAGACAAAGUAUGACUUACCAUUUGUAGCCAUGUGGGUCAACACAGAAUCAGACAGACGCAUUUCAAACAUCACUCACAUGUGCACACGUGCCUGGAAAGAUGCCGGAGGCGUAAAGGUAGCCCUGGGGGGAGACACUACUCUGCAGAUUGUUCCCAUGGGUAUAGACAGGUCCCACCAACCCCAAACCGUUGCUGUAGUCGUGUCAGGUAUCAUGGAAGAUGAUAAGCACAGAAGCAUGUCGUCUGACGAUGGCCACGGCAAAAAUAUCAGCACCUUUGGUCAUGAAGAAAUGCUGAAUGUGACGUGUCAUGUCGACACCGUCCGGGGGGAGACACACCGACAUGUCUUCACCACGCCCUUGUCCAGCACCCCUGAUGGCACACAGUGUACAGAAAAGGUGAUCCCGGUCACAAGAAAAGCAACCACCAUCAUGACAACCGAGGUCCCCUUAAAUCAGACGAGCCCAGUCACAAAUCUACCUGUGACUGCGCGACCGGUAAAAGAGAAAAGCACAUGUACAUGUAAUGUAUGGCUCAUAUACAGCAUCACAUUGUCAGCUGUAGUAGGGGUUGAGCAUAUAGCGCUGCUAGUAGCGUUUGUAUAUAUCAUGAUAAAACGGCGCCGUUGUUCACAGUCAGGCGACCCACCUGCCCCUGCUGUCGCCUCCGUGAGUCGCUGGAUGCUAGGCGGGGCAGGCGGCCGUGUCGUCUCGGGCUCUGCGGCGGACUCGGCCACACAGACCGCUGCAGGCGAUGAGCCUCAGUACAGCGAGAUUCCCGACGACUUCUACAACCCUUGUUACAACUACGACAACGCACGGCCGAGGGUACAACCUCCUUACUCGGAGAUCCCAGAUGAGUACUACACUCAGUACUACAACACACGGCCUUGGGUAGAUCAUCCUUACUGGGAAAUUCCCGACGAGUACUACAACAACGAGAACAGACGGCGCCUCUCAUACCCCCUGACUCUCCGGGUGCCCGGUCAAGGCGAUGAUGCUGUGCCUUUCUACGCCGCUGUAGCUGAGGUGGCCCUUCCUCCAUCAACCCGGCUGGGCGGCAAACAUCCAUCCUACAGCACGGUCCCUCGUACCAGAUCAGUCCCACAGAUACACGCACGGCAGAGGAAGGCACACAUUAGAUCGUACGGCGCGCCUGUAGCGGGCAGGUACAGCGUCAGAGAUAUGGCUGCCAUUGGCAGAUACGGCAGAACACGAGGGGCCCUCAUGUCCAAAGCUUGCCUGUAUAAUAACCCCUCUGCUAAUCGUACCAUACAUUAGCAAACAGACAGCAGACAGAUCAGAGGUACCAGCCGCCAAACCCUCAAGGACACGCCCAAAUAUGUCAUCACCAGGCCCCAAGUCCCAUCAUUUCCAGAUCUAAAGCUGACAUCUUGGCUUAAAGUGUAAGACAGACCACAUACACAGUCCAAGAACCUGUAGCAUUGGCGUAUCUAAGCCGGUGAAAGUAAGGUUGGGGAGGGUUGGUAACACCAAAGACAGCUUAUGUUCUAUAUAAUGUAACGCUAGUUUAACUUGGUAACGCCAAAUACAGCUUCUGUUCUAUAAAAUGUAACGCUAGUUUACCUUUAUCCGCGGGGUAUCCUAACCUAUAUCCAUUGUAUUUAGAAUUUCCAGUCACUCAUAUUUUCAAAAUGAUGCAGUUUGAAACCACCGUCCACUGACUUAGCAUCCCUAAAUAUACCGUUUUUAGAUACAACGGAUAUAGGUUACCCCGCAGAUAAAUGUGAACUGGCAUUACCCACUGGUAAAUGGUUUAUGAUGUGACAACAGUCUGACCUCGAGGAAGAGACAAGCAAUCUAUUUCUGCUCCAGAGAAAGUUACAGAGCAAAUCAUCUUUCAUCCUCCAACACAUAAUUUUACAUGAAGGCCUUGAAUUUAGACCUGAAUUGUCCACAAAUUUUUGAGACCCCACCUAAUGCCACAUACCUGUGCCACAUAUACCUGUAUCUAUUGUGCCAUGCAUGUACCUCCACAUCAACUAAGGGAAGGCAGCUUGCCAUAUUUUUGGCCAUCUGAAAUAGUCUGCACGCACGCACACAGGCACAAAUGUAAACGCACACAUACACUCUCAUGCUAGCACGAACCGCGAACACAUGCGUCCGCUGUUACUCUUAACUAUUCCUACAAGACCCAUGAUAUACACAUCUUAGCUUGCGAGCAAAAACGGCUUUUGACUAUUGGCAACAUGUUUUUUUUCUGCAUUGUGUGCGCUGUAAUGAUUCUAACAGUUGUGACAUUCAGCGCUUAUAUGAAUCUUGUACCCAGGAAAAUUGUCGGGAUCGUUAGUUGGUAAGUUUUGGUGUAGAAAUUGUUGUCUUGUAACUUAAAGUCUGAAACAAAAAUGAUGUUUUUUUAGAGAAUAGGUUCAGUCAUUGUUUAGGUUGUAACGUUAAUGUUAAGUACAUUAGAAUUGUGAGUAAAAACAUCAGGAAAAAAAUCUUCAAGAUGAACUGUGUAAAACUGGAUCCAUUCAGUCUCCAGGGCAGUGAAUAAUCAGAAACGUGUACUGCAAUGCAUAUGAGAAAGAGGGUUAAGUUUAUUUAUUGUACAUUUUCAAGCGAGAUGGCUAGCAAAUUGUAUUUUUCAAAAACGCUGCUGUGCUCAGUACAAAGGGCCUUUCCAGAAACAGCCCGGGAAGGGGCAAAAGCAACAGAAGUAAUUUAUCAUCAUCAUUAUUAUUCAUCAAUCAUAACCACGGCCACAGCAUUGGAUCAUCCCUGCCUACCAGAAAUGGACAAUCCCUACUUUCCCGUGCAGAAUACACCAACAAGUCUUUACUUCUUUUGGCUCUGAAAGGUCUCACAUAUUUUGCAAAUAAUGAUGCUCAUUUGGUGGCGCUACCAAGAAAAGCCCAGUCGUGUUGUUUUCGCCUGUCAUACCAUUGGCUGUAUAAUUUAUGGUACAAACAAUGAUACCCAUUUGGCAGCGAGAUUUAUACCAGAAACGCCCAUUGUUUUUGUUGACUUUUCCUCAGAAAUUUGACAUAAAUUUCGAUCAUAAGGGACCAAGAGCCUGAAGAAAUCAAGUUGCUAGUUCUAGCAGCCCUUCCACCUCAAAUAGCGAUAGAUUAUUGUGUAUCUAGGAAGGAGACUGAGAAUACUAGUAUUACACUGUCAAUCUUGAAGAGUGUGACUAUAAUUUUGUGCCUGAACAACCAAUGAUGUAAUGGUGAUUUUUAUCACAUAUCAUAUGUUACCACAGGCAAGAAUACUAGUAUCAUUAAGUCUUGUUUAAGAGUGUGUCAUAACAUAACUGAUAACAUUAUAAUGUAAAUGGUGAUUUCCAUCAGAGAGGUAUGAUUGACAGAAGUCAGAAAGCAUCCCCGCCGCCAAUGUGCGCAGCUGCAUUGUAAUGACGCGUACUGCGUCAUGUCGGCUGCGCCCCCUGGUGGCGAGGGUGAAAGUUGCAGGAGGCAUGUAAAAUGAAAAUCGUUGAUACACUGUUAAAGUUUUGUGAAACCAUUCCCAUACUGACUGCAGACGACUUGCUUGUAGCUGGACUACCAAGCAUGUGAGAUGUAAA